GACGCUGAUGAUCACAUUGUGGGGAAGAUGAGCCAAAAUGAGGUUGUCUACAGCGAUGUCAAGUUUGUCAGACAAAAUGAAAAGACCAACGAGUCUGUUCCCUCGCCGACUGACGCCACUUAUUCUGAGGUGAAGAUACAGAAGCAAUCCACAGAGUCCCCUGCAGGUUCCCAUCAAGAAGCGCCGACCAGUGGAGGGUCAAAGGUCACUGCAGAGAGAGUUGUGCUGCUUGUGAUCAUUGCUCUCCUGAUUGCUGCCAUCUGUGGUCUCACUGUAACCCUGUUCAAUAACAAGAAAGCCCAGGAAAGUCUCAGAAUAAAAUGGGAAGCUGAGAAGCGAAAUCUGACAGGCAUACUCUCAAACAUGAAACCUUAUCCGACUCCGACAUGCAUGACAGCUACGACUGCAGCAGAGAAUCAGGCAUGUACAAGAUGUGAAGAUGGCUGGGAACAAAACGGAGGGAAGUGUUACUACUUUUCCAACGAGAAAUUAAACUGGAACAAGAGCAGGACAUGGUGUGAAAAUAACACAGCACAUCUGGUUAAGAUUGACAGCAGGGAUGAGCAGACAUUUCUGGAGGUGACACUGAGAUAUAAAAUGGAUGAGGAUGAGGACAAGUUCUGGAUUGGACUGACAGACUCAGAAGAAGAGAAAAUCUGGCGGUGGGCUGACGGCUCACCACUGAAUGAAAGCUUGAUUUUUUGGUUAGGUACUGAGCCGGACAACUGGAUAGAUAAUGGGGCACAGCCAGAAGGAGAAGACUGUGUGAGGAUGGGGGAAAAAGGUGGAGCUGCAGACCUGAAGUGUUGGUUUGACAAAUCAUGCAAAACACCACAAAAAUUCAUUUGUGAGAAAGCUGGAACAGAUGGAGCUUCUCAAACUGUGUGUAUGGCCAGAAAUUGAGUAUAGGAUGCAAAAGGCUGGGCUGCACAGUGGUGUAGCCUCACAGUCAGAGGACACUGAUUUCGAGUUCAAGGAUUUUCCGUGAUGAAUUUGCAUGUUAUCUGUGUUGUCGUUUCCUUUAACAACCCAAACAAUUCACCAUCCAGGUGAACACAGAAACCGCAACAAAGAAAGAACUGUCUUUGUUUUUCUCAAAAUGGCAAGAAGAGACGUUUCCUGCAUAGUAUGUAAAGCCCUUAAACUGUCUUGAGAUGUGAAGUUGCGAUUGCGUCUUCAGUGCUGGAGUUGUGAGGGACUGUCCAGUUGUCCAGAGCGACCCCUGACCUUCACUCAGACUCAGCUGUGAUCAGUCCAGCUCCGUACGGGCCGAUCGCAGCGUCAGCAGUCUAUUACAGGACAAACACAGAGAGACCAACAUUCACAACUACGAGCAGUUAAAAAGUCAACAUGCAACGAAAACCAAAGUCCUCAGAAACCCCCCCCCCCCCCCCCUAAAAAAACAAUCCACACAAAAAGGCACCCAGGCCCAUCCAAAAAUCAAUAUUUCAGGGCGGGGUGGAUAACCACCACACCACUGUGCAGCUCAGUCAGAAGACAUGUUCCAGAGAAAUUCACUUGUUCACACAUUUUAUUUCAAUCUGCUGUCAUCGAUUACCUGCUUCCUUUGGCUUGCUGUAUGAUUAAUUGAUGUACACUGAACUGUAUACCUGUAUGUAGAUACAAGAAAGUGGGGAAGAAAUAACCAUUCAAUCAGCAUUUAAAUUUUCAUUUGGAGAAAAAGUUGAGUAAUUUAUUCAAUUAGCAAGAUGACCUCUGUUUAGGAUCAGUUUCAGGCGGAGCACAUGCGACGGUCCAGAGACACCAACCUCAAACGAAACAGCAGAAAGUCUCCACCUCAGAGCCUGGUUCCCUUCAAGAUCUCUUCAUGUUCGCUGAAGUGGAGUCGUUUGCUUUUUCUCUAUAAAGACGCCUUAAGAUGACCGUUUUUGGCCUGAUAAAAUCUGUGUCACGAUGACUGGUAUGUUAUCAUUGGUUGUGGAUGAUACUGAAGGUUCGUUUUGUUGUAAUGACAUCAGGAAACCUGAGGGUUUUGUGUUACGAAGAUCAUGUAAAUUUGUGCCUGUGAUCUCUCCUUCAAAUUUUUUCUAGUUGAAAACGUACUAAAGGAGUGGAAGAUGCCACUAGUGAGGUUACUGGUUACUGCUGUUCUAUCAUUAUAUUAGGUUUUAAUUAUAUUCAUUUGCAUUCACUAAAUUGUUUAUUUUUGGUAUUUGUGCUGUGCCUUAAAUUAUAUUUCAUUAAUUA